ACCUCGUAUGUCAGUAGUUGUUUGACAACUGCUGUCUUGGAAAUAGAGGCAGGGGAGACAACAAGGAUCAAUUUGACAAAGAAGGUGACGGUAACCAUUUUGAAGCAGAAAGUUUGGUAAGACUACAAGCGCAAAGCGACUUUAAUAACAAGGAGAAGAAGACUUGAAAACUUUGCAGUGUUUUUGUCGCGUCCAUCUCAAAAAUGUAACGUGAACUCGGUGUGGGACUGGUUCUGGUUGUCGUGAACGAACUUUCGUAACUUUCCAAUGUGGAAGGUUUGUUUAAAAAAAAAUGUCUAGCUAAAGAGCCUGUGAGCAAACCGAAAAGUCUGGCGAUUAGCUAGUUAGCAGAGCUCUGUAGUUUUCCAACUAAUACUAUUACAUAAACAACUUGAUCAAGUGGUGAAAGUGAUCAUGUCAGCAGCAUCCGCAGCCGCCAGCAGCUCAUCUCAGCGGGUCAAACACAGCGGAUCCCCUCCAGCCUCCUGCGCUUCCUGUAGCAACAACACAGCCACGGUCCGGUUGCAGCCUAUCCGCGCCACGGUGCCGUACCAGCUUUUGCGUGGAAAUCAGCUCAGCCCAACCCGCUCCGCUUCCUCCUCCUUCCCAGUAGCCAAGAGCAACACAGGACCGACGACGUCCCGUUGCUCCAGUCCCGCUAACCCGGGUGGAAGCGCCUCGGACGGCAGGUUGGUCCACUGGCAGAGACUAUCACCGCCGGACAGCAGGAGCUCACCAGAACGCAGCCCUUUUUCACCUGUGCCCAAAGUUGAAAGGACAAAGUCUCAGCAGGUGCGGAGCUCAGGGGCCAUUCGUCGAACUUCCUCCCUGGGCACUAUCACUGGGCCCUACCUCACUGGGCAGUGGCCUCGUGACCCCCAUGUGCACUACCCAUCUUGUAUGAAAGAUAAAUCCACACAGACUCCUGGAUGCUGGAGUGACGAAACAGGAGAGAAGAGGAGCACCCACCAGCGCUCUGCGUCCUGGGGCAGCGCUGAUCAGCUCAAAGAGAUAGCCAAGCUCCGACAGCAGCUUCAGCGCAGCAAACAGGGGGGUCGCCACAGUAAAGACAAGGACCGACUGUCCCCCCACCAGUACAACACCCUCACAUACAGCGCCCUCACCAGCACUAGUAACAGCACCGUGACCGCAGACAGCCACGCUCAGCAUUUUUCCAUGUCGAAGUCGGCCCAGAUGCCGCUGUCCAACAUCACAGUGCCAAAGCCCUCCAUCUCCAGGGUGCCGAGCAGCAUGGAGGGCAUCAACCACGAGCUGGAGAAGGUCUUCAUCAAAGACAACGGAGAGAAGGAGGAGUUGAAGUCCCUGGAGGUCCCGGACGGCCGACGCGCACCCUUCCCUCCCCAGCAGCGCAGCAGCAGCACCCGCAGCGUGGACACCCAGACCCCGUCAGCCCCCGGCCGGUCCAGCAGCUGCUCCAGCCUGUCGCCCUGCCCCUCGCCCGCCUGCCCACCGGGGUCACAUGACGGCAGCCCUUACUCCACAGAGGAUCUACUGUACGAUCGGGAUAAAGACAGUGGAAGUAGUUCACCUCUGCCAAAGUUCGCCUCCUCACCCAAACCCAACAACAGCUACAUGUUUAAGCGAGAGCCUCCGGAGGGCUGUGAGAAGAUUAAGGCCUUUGAGGAGAUGAGCUCCAGACAGUCCACGUCAGCAUCAGUCCCCCUCUUCUCCUGCCCCGACAAAAACAAGGUCAACUUCAUCCCGACGGGUUCAGCGUUUUGCCCCGUCAAACUGCCCGGCUCCCUGCACCUCACCCCGGCCUCGGAGCCCGAGGAGGACGAGGACAACGCAGAGACGGGUUCCGGCAGCUCGGAGCCUCAGGGGGCAGCGUCAUUUUACGGCGCCCCCACUCAGGUCUCGACGAGCACCAGCACAGACGACCCCCCGGAGGAGCCCGGCUCUCCCUCAGAGACUGCAGACCCCCAGACAGACAGCCCGGCCAUCAGCUAGAACGGAAGCGGAGCUGGCCUCUGCCUCCGGGAGUCACGCUAGCGUCCACCGACCAUCACCACUGACUGUCCCACCAACACCUCCCUCUGCUCUGCCAGGGGAGCCUCCGUCUCUCUGUGCUGACCCCCUCAACCCCCUUCUAUCUCUGCAUGACGUAGCAACAAUGUCCUGAAUAACCACCUUCGCCACCACCACAAAGACUCGCCACCUUAAUGUUGUGUCCUGCAUAAUGUCUGAGCUGUCGUUGGCAGGGAAGGACCUGAUGGUUAAAGGUUAUAUCAUAUGCAGGCAUCAGAGGGAAGAAUGGAGCACUAUGGAUGGGGAUGGGGAUGGGGGGGCAUGCAUUUUAAACUGGUAGUAUAUUUCUGAUUAAAUUAUGUGUUGUGUUCUGUUUCAACAUUCACAGUAUGAAUAAGCUCUUUAAACAUAUAUAUACACAUAUAUCUCUAUGAAAAGAAAGGAAAAAUGCUUGUUUUAAAAAAAAAAAUCCAAAACUGUGUAUUGCUGUGUAAUGUACUGAACAGGAAAAACAGCUGUACUAUUCAGGAUUAUGUUUACAGUAUCCAGGUCACAUUGUUAUACCCUGUCUAAAACAUGCAACCGCAAAACGAAUUGGGCGAAAGAAAAGGAAAAAACGAAAAGUGGCCACAAUUGGUUGCACAGUGUCUGCAUCUGGCCUCGCUUCAGGUAUUUCAAUCAGAGUCUAUACUCAGGUAAUUUGGAAUGUGUGUCCAUACAAAUAUCUGCAGCUCAACGAAGCAGAACAGAUUCACGUUCAUUUGUUAUUCCGGGGUUUUUUCCCUCAUUUCCAGGCAAAACCAUUCCCUUUCUGUUCAGAGUCCAGUCUGAGAGGGUAACGUGUGGUAAAGUCAACGGGCGUCCCUUUUCGGGUUCGCCUUUUCUGACCAGUGGUGGGAAACUGUACUGACCACACAAACUGUGACUGAUGGCGUUAAUGUCGUGUGUGUUGUGAGGAGACAGACGUCGACGAGUAUUGUCUGGUUUACGAGUCCGAUGACGACGUGUGAUUGGCUGUUCUGAGCGGCCGACGGUGGACCACAGGUGGAUGAGUCUGCAGUGUCGUAACAUUAAAAUACAAUCAAAGCGAAGCACUGGAUUCUUUACAGAUGCAGGUUGGAGAUGCUGUUGUACAAAUGUUUUACGGACAUUGAAGUCAUUUGUUUUUGAAUUAGGCCUUGGUGUGUGAGAAGAAGAAAGCGUUUUAUAGGUGAAUUAUCUAAAAGAAUGAUGACGACAACCCAACGAAUACUGGAGAUCACUUUUAGCUUCGUCUGUGUUGAGAUACAGAUCAGCCAACACAUCCGUUAAUAUUUAUUAAAACUUACAUUUAACAGUCAUAUCCAAUGGGAGAGGACCAUGGCUAAUUAUGUAGGUGUCAUUCCGCUGAUGGCCACUAGAUGCUGGCUCCAAAUCCCUCCACAAAUAGAGUCAAUCUGGUUUCAUUUUUUUAUAUUCGGACUUUCUAACAAGCACACAUGUAGUCCAUCUUAAACACCCUCCAUUAGAUUUAGGGGCCAAUGAAGACCUCUGUUUAUAGAAUACAGACAGCUCCACUAUAGUUCUAAGUUAAUAAGUUAACCCAAAAAGAUUGUCAAAUAAUUUUUUCUUAUGCAAACGUUUGAUAAGGUUCACUGUAACUAAGGUAGCAUUAGCUCAGUCAUCACUCCUUAGGCCCUUGCCGAUCCACCCCUUUAGUGAAAAUAGGGUUAAAUCAUGGUAGUGGCCAAAGUGUAAACUCGUGAUCUUUAAAAGUCCCAAAAAAACAUCAGAGCUCACAUCACAUAGGAGCUCCCCCCACCUCUUAGAUAUAGUUAUAAUAAUUGCAACACUUAGUUUUAAAGCAACAGUUAUUUAAAAAAAAUAAAAAUAAAAAAAUUCUAGAUAUUGAGUUUAUGUUAAUUGUCUCGCAGGAAGAUUAGAUGAAAGUUAAAUGCAAAGAGUAAAGCAGCAGCACAAGACAACUGUUAGCUUCCACAAGUUUAUUAAAUAAAAAAAAUUGCUUAAAGAAGUAACUUGCAAUUUACUGCUAUGACUUGUUUAAUAUGAGGUGCAUUUACUAGGUAUAAUGACAAGCUAACAGGUGCUAUGUAAACACUUCAAUUUUUUUCUUUUUUUUUACUCUCCCAUUAACACAUUGAGUUUGUUCGAAAAGGUUUUGCGUUGCAUAUAGUACAGCUUAUUUAUUAUAUGUAAGUUAGAGGAGUAUGUUAAUUUUUAAACACCCCCUACUUGAACAAAAUUGUGAAAAAAAAACCAAAAAAAAACCUCUGACAAAACCCACUGUACACUCCCUGACCUGUACAUGUCGGUAAAAGUGACACAUUUAGCAGGUUAGCGUUGGUGGAGAUUGAAACAGAGGUUAAAGGUAACUGAAUCUGGACACAUGGAUCUCAAAUCUCUCUAAUCAUGUAUCCAAAUAAUUGCUAAGUUUCGUUAAUGACGUGAAUAAGUACACGCUAAGAUUAGUUUGUUUUCAGCUUGUUUUACUGUCCAUUGUAAAAAUCAGAAACUACUAAAAUAUAAUAAUAGUUUGGUUGAAGCUUUCAGUUCCAUCGUACACGCUUUAGUAUCGUAAAUGAGUACAGCAUCCACCUUUGCUACAAGCUGAUGACUGUUUGUACAACUUUUAUCUCCAAUCUGCAUUCAGGUGAUAUCCAAAUUUAGACUGUUCUUAAAAUCCAGAUAAUUGCUGUUCCAUUAAAUGCAUUCCAUGAGAUUCAAGCAUCCAAGACAUAAAUAGACUCAUGAUGAUUCAUUCCAAAAAUAUCUCUCAGCCUUUUGAUAUCUUCGCUGUAAGAGUUUAGCUCCAGUAGGCUACUACAAGAUGUUUGGUUUGCAGAUACAAUAGCACCUUCAUGUGUUUGAUGCACAGAUAAAAAGGUUCACACUGGCCUGUCUCUCUCUGUCGGUUGUUUAGUGUUGUAGGCAUCCUGAUUCCACCACAAAAACAAAAACAAGGAAAUCUUCUGAGCAUCUCAUAUAUUCUGUGCAAAACUCCAUCCUCCAGGCUAUUAAUGAACAUCUCCACGCCCAAGUGUAAAUGAACCACAGCUUUCAUAUUUAGAAAGAGUGAAACAUAAUCAACAUUUAUUUUGUUAUCUCGUGUGCUUGUGGAAUCCCUGCAUUGACGCUCCAUUCAUAUUUUGUAUAUAUGUGGCUUUUAAAGAAGGCUCAAUGCAAUGUUGUGGUUUCUUAAGACAUUUCAGCACCUUACAAGAGCUAUAGCUUUCCCAAUGUUCCACAUAUACUCGGCAUUGGUAAACUAGAUGUGUGCAAUAAUAGGAAAAAAAAAAGGUGUUGUCCUCCCGGAUGUUGUCCGUUCUUUGACACGAGCGUCUCAUCUUGCAUUCCUUUGGUUUUGAGCAUGAGGGCUGGAUCAGCAAGUAGUUUGUUGCUAAAGCCAUCAAUCGAUCCAAAACCAGCACUGAGAGUGACCAGAGCACAUCACUGGCAGGUCAGAGUGUUCAUCUACUCACUACAUGAUAACUCCUUGUGUAACCUGCAGUGUCAAAGUUCAUGCACAAUGGCAAUAAAAAAAAACUGUUGGUU